AUGAAGUACUCGAGUUCUGUCCUGAUCGCAGCUUUCUGCGUUAGCGUCCUUGCCGCUCCUGUUGCCAAGAGCAAUGCCGUCGAGGACUAUGUCAUCCCAAUCGACAAGCGUUCAUCCGUCGAGGAUUACGUCAUCCCCAUCGAUAAGCGUGGCUCUGUGGAGGACUACGUGAUCCCUAUCGACAAGAGGUCCUCAGUUGAGGACUACGUGAUCCCCAUUGACAAGCGCAACGGUGCCGUCGAAGACUACGCCAUCCCCAUCGACAAAGCGCAGCUCCGUCGAGGACUAUGUGAUCCCGAUCGAUAA